CCCAUUGCCAACAGGAUGAGCUGUUAUAUCAAUACUUUGGUUUAUGGCCAAAUCCCUGCAAAACUGAUUUUCAUCAGACAUUACUACAGAGAUGUUAGCAUGGCUUCUCCCCUCUUUAGGACAGAGCUGACCGAAGACUGAAUAGUAGAAGCAAAAACAUACAUGUAUAGAUUCAAUCUAUCACUUUCAAAUUAUUCUCUGAAGUCUGUGAAGUGGUUUUCAUGUUGACGGGAUACGAUAUAUCAUGACGUUUGAAGUCCCUGCACAUACAGAUCGAUAUAGUUCCAUGAAUCAAACAUCUACCAAGCACCAAUACUGAAAGACAUUAAAAACAAGAAUUAAAAGGUUUUUAUAAAAGAAUUGUCAUUUGGCGUAAAAAACAUUGUUUAAUUUGAGAGUGCAACUCCUCUGUCCUCAAAUCGUCCAGCAUACAGAGGUCUUCUAUAGCAAAUGAUAUUGUAUUACGAGCACUCUCAUCCAAAUUGACUUAUAUACUUCCAUAUUUCAGUAGCAGCAACGGUGUAGAUUAUCUCCUUUAAUCUGUGUACAUAGAAGAAUUUCACAGGGUCGUCAAUGUAGGUCGUUGUUUUACUUUGAAAGACUUAAAACUUUAACAUCUUCACUUAAACCUUUGACAGCUUCCCGCCCUGUUUUGCAGCUCUGCGUCAUCCACCAAUUGUAUUUACAUUCAUGAAUGUUUAACUCAUGUCUUGCAAUAAAUCUGUGACUAACCACCCAACCUCUCACCCACACACACACACACACUCCACUCUACAGUGUCUUUAGUUCGAAAGAAAACCUGUUGGACAACAUCUCUGUGGCUCAAACAAUGAAUGACAAGACGUCACACAGGAGUUGAAACAUUUGUAAGACCUGGGAGAGUUUCUUGUUUAUGGUUGCACUGUACCCUCAGCGUUCAAAGGACUCUCCGUGUGCAGAUCCACAAUGGAAUUUGCUUGUGGGUUUGUUUACGUGCCGCCAGUGACUCAGAUGGACGGUCAAAGAUCCAACAGCAAUGUCAUUAAACGCUCAGCUCUACUCCCUCCUUCUAACCGUAUUCGUCCUCGGAUGCCCCCCCCUCCUCCUCCUCCUCCAACAAACUCUGCAGAAGCCAAAUUGCCCAAAUUCCCCACAACUACCUCCAAGAUCUUUGAGCAGUUGGAGAAGAGCAUACUGAAAAAGGUUGUGAAGCCCAGUGUCUUCUAUGAAAAUGAAGAAUUUCACAAUAAAACUGAGGCAGCUUUAUCCGUCAAUACAGCAGGCCAGCAGACGGCAUCUCCUCGGAGGACAGCCCUUCUUCCACCCCACAUGAAACCUGCAGACAACAGCCAGUCCCCUCCUGACAGCCAGCCACUCAACAGCACUCAGACAUUUGUCUAUGACCUGCCAAACAAAGAGCCAGAUUUAAACACCCAGCCCUGGGAUCCAGACUACUCAUACAGUACACCAGAAGGCACUGGGGGCGAGGUGAAGCUGCCGGUCGAUACUAGCACUGUGAAGGGUCCGACACCAGCCCCAGCCCUCCCACCAAGACCCUCAUUCAUGAAGUCAAUGCCAGAGUACCUGGUGCUGAUACCCUCGUCAAGCUCAGCUGCUUCAUCCUCUCAGAAAUCCGCCUCAACUUCAUCACUUUCCCACUCUGAUGGAUCAGCAGAUAAGGAGCCUCUUCCCGGGAAUCCCAACGUUGUCCUAGUCAGUUUAGGGAAAUUACUCUCAGAGGAAAGAGUGCAGCCCAUUGUAGGUGAACCUACCUCCUGCUCCCAGUGUGGCUCUGUGCUGGACUCCUGCUAUUACAACGUGGUUAAUAAGUGUCACUUCUGUGGAACCUGCGAGUCGACCAGCCCUCCCAGUAUAGCUCCCUGUAUUAACUUCCUCCUCAACCCGGAUGAAAAGCCCCUGUGCGCUGCUGACGCUCUGCUGCUCUUCUGCAUCGACACCUCAGGCUCCAUGAGCAUCACCUCCCAGGUGUCAGUAGGUGAGCAGCUUGUCCACCGAUCCCGUCUCCAGUUUGUCCAGGAAGCUGUGAUACAGUGUGUUCAGAGACUAAGUGAACAGCGACCAGACGUAAGAGUGGGGCUCAUCACCUUCAACCAUCAGGUUAUGAUGCAUGGCCAUGAGAAUGUCACAUCACAUUUCCUGAGCGGAGAUGAGUUGACCGACAGCCACUAUCUGAAAGAGGCUGCAGCCAGUUUCCCCAGUCCACCUCCGCUCUCGCAGACCAAGGACUUCUUACAGAAACAAGUUAUGGGAUUAUCUGAAAGUGGGACCACAGCUCUGGGUCCAGCUGCUCUCCUGGCAAUUGCAAUGGCCUCCAGACAGCCAGGGUCCAAUGUCAUUGUCUGUACAGAUGGGAAGGCCAACACAGAGUUAGGAAAUCUGGAGGUGGAGGACAAUGAUGCCCACAGCCUCCUCUCAUCCACCAUCUUCUACCAGGAGCUGGGGGAGUACGCUGCUAAGCAGGGUGUGACGGUGUCUGUGCUGUCCAUAGAGGGAACAGACUGCAGGCUGGAUGAGCUGGGACGACUCGCCGACCGCACUGGGGGCAAAGUGGUGAUAUCAAGUCCAAACCGGCUGCACCCAGAGUUCGAACAGAUCAUUGACAACAGGACCACAGCUACACACUGUACCGUCGCAUUGCUGCUGCCCAAAUCACUACGAAUGAGAGGAGAGAAGGAGUCUGGACACAAAGUGAUCAGAGAGGUAGGGAAUGUGGCCCCGGAUACAGAGAUCACCUUCCAGUUUGGAGUCAAUGAACUGGACACAGAAGCGUCGGCUCCAGCCCCUGGAAGCCGCGUGUCCAUCCAGCUGCUGAUCAGGUACCGACAGAGGAACGGAGAGAAGAUGCUCAGGGUGAUAACUGCGAACCGAGAUGUUACUGAUGACAGCUCGGCGGCCCUGUCCUCCCUGUCUCUGGCCAUCAUUCAGCUCAACUCGUCCCAGGCCAGCGCCGCUCUGGCUGUCAGAGGCCGCAUCCUGGACGCCAGGAGGGAAGGGGAGCUGCAGAGGAAGCUGAUAGAGAGAGCGAUUGAAUAUAAUCAGAGUGCCCAGGACCAACAGACUUACCAAGAAUGGGUUAAAACCAUGGAGCCGAUAUACAACAACAUUCAUAACUUCACACGGAGACAAUCAGUCAUCUCAGACUCACAGCAGUCUCUAACAGACGCUGGAGCAGCGCUGCUCUACACCAUGAAGCACAGCAACAGGAAGUCCAUCUCACUGAAGAACAAAGUUAAACUCUAGUUUCUACACUUUUUUACCUUGUUGGAGGCAACUUAAGUCAUGAGCGACAGGGAUAAAUACAACUGCUGUUUGACUUUAUCUGACUGUAUAAAUAUCUGUUAAAUAUUAUACAAUGUGACUGUAUCACUGUGUAUCGUCUGAAAACAUGCUCAUCUGUGUCAAAAA